CGCGCCACUCCGGAGGGUUGUUUAAAUCGGCGGCUCGAAUUUUCGAAAAUACCCGUAAGCAAAGAUGACGUAAAUUGCCAACAUUCGGUGUAUUUUGUAUUGAGAGAAAAGUCGCUCGACGGAAAACAAGUAGGGGAAUCCCAUUUAUCGGUUCACUUCCUGGUUCGAUUACUGAGAAGAGUACACGCAGUGUACAAUGAAAUGCAUGUUGAUAUUUUCUGUUCAGGAGGGUGCUCUGAACGUACGUAUACUUCCUGUGGACUUUCCAUAGAGCCGUAGAACGUGAAAUACUAUACGGGGAGCGAGGAAGUUUGUCACUAUGUUUGGCAAGAACAACAAAGUACAGGCGGACGCGGUAUCUCCUUCAUAUGAGAAUAUCAGAAUCCAACUAAAUGCAAUAGCACAAAACUUGGAUGAAGAUGACAUUCAGAAUUUGAAAUGUCUGUGUCAUAACUACAUCCCUUAUGGAAAACUGACGGAAAUAAAAUCUGGACUAGCUCUCUUAGAGAUUUUAUGCAAUCGGAACCUAGUCGGUGAGGGGAACACGAGGUUUCUGGCGGAAUGCCUCGAGGCCACACGGAGGAGCGAUUUGCUGGAGAAGCUUGGGACCAAUAGUUGUGAGGUACAGAACUUGACGAGAGACAAGGGGUCUUUGCUUGAUCCGUAUCGGGUUAUGAUCAUGAAAGUAGCUGCAUGCCUGGACGCCACCGAGGUAAACGAAUUAGCCUUCUGCUUGUCUGAUUAUCUGCCACGGAAAAGCACGACCUACGAUUCGGCUUACUCUCUUCUGUCGGCGUUAGAAAGGAGCGGGGACCUGGGGCGAGACAACUGCGAUCUCUUGGAGAAGUACGUAGAAGCGGUUAUCAGCAAUCCUACCGCCUUGGGAUUGAUCAGAAACUAUAAAGUUGCCAGAGAUAAUGAAAAUGAUCGGAAGGAAAGCAAUGCAGAAAUGUCUAAGCCGGAGAAGAAUCCGCUCCAACCGAGCCACGAAUCAACAGAAAAGUACCGGGGAGUCGAUGACAACAGUCGGUUUAGGGACUGUCCAGUGCAAGUGGACGCGGUGAAAGACAAUUCUGAAGAUAAAUGUACGAGCGGGAAUCGUGAAGCGCCAGAUAUUACGUCAGAGCUGCCACGUGUCAGACUACAAAAUACCGGCACCAGAACUAUAGAUGAAGUGGCUGCAACAUAUUUCGUCCGUCUCGCUGAGGGAAAAAAGUCAGAACUGUCUACGAUGGAGAUGGAACAGAAGUGUCCGGGUUCUUCAUCGACACAUAUUAGCCAGGCCGGUGUCAAUGUCGGUAUAUCGCUUGGACAUGACGAGGUACAAGUAUCCACCGCAAGUCCCACGAUCCACGUUGGUGAUGAGUCCAGUCAGUGCUCUUCCGACGACCAUGGAUUGAUAGAGUUACCAUCAGUGCCUACGGCUGAUUGCCCAAAGGAACCACGCCAAUCGGUCUGCAGUCAUCGAAAUCCUGAAUCCCUCGUUCUUGCAGAUAUUAAACCACCAGGCCAACGAAAUUUGUUGCCAAGUACACAGGCAUCUGUUAAUUCAGAAGCAACAGAACGAGAAGACAUGGUAACUCCAGCAUCCCAGUUUGGCUUUUACCCAACUUCUUCAGGUGCAAAACUUCCAGCGCAAGCGGCUGUGAUCGGUAACCCAUCAUUUCAGGGCGAUGAGUGUCAUGUUUCUCUUUUUGGCGAACUGGGAACCUCUGGGAGGAGCUGUGUAAACGAAUGGGAGACUUCCAAGCCAGCGGACGGGGCUCCGCUUCAACCACUACAACAUGAUUUGGUGAAGAGUAGCGUGGACACCAUUAACGUCUCUUCAAAUGAGAUGACUAAUCAUCAGGAACCACUAGCUGUAUUGGCUGAAGACCUUCCAAAGAAACCCUCUGUUAUCAAGGCGAUAAGGCUCCAAGUUGCCGAACCGCUUUUGAAAUGCCAAAGUGAGAAAGUGGACGAAGACGUCCUGUUUUACAAAAUGACUGCGGACCCGCGUGGACUCUGCCUCAUCAUCAACAACAUGAAGUUCCGCGAGGAGAAAUUGCGAGAGCGCAUUGCGAGUGACCGUGAUCGAGAAAGUCUAGAAGGCAUAUUCAAGAAGCUGAAGUUUAAGAUUCAAAGCGAGCAGGAUCUGACGAGUCAAGAGAUUAUGGAUGUCGUUAAGAAAGCCGCCUACGGCAAUGAUCACUCUCUUUAUGACUGUUUCGUCUGUUGUAUCCUUUCCCACGGCGCUGAAGGAAUCGUCUACGGCACCGAUGUCAUCCCGGUAAAUAUCCGAAAGAUUACUGAACACUUCACUGGUCAGAACUGCCCGACAUUGAACGGAAAGCCAAAGUUGUUCUUCAUCGAGGCAUGCCAGGGGAACCGGAAAGAUGUGGGUGUCCGGGCUGACGGGACUAACUCUGAGACACGUAUGAGUCCGACUGAAGCGGACUUUCUUAUGGGAUAUGCAACACCGCCGGGGUAUGCUGCCUAUCUGGACAAGGAGACGGGGUCAUUCUACAUACAGAAACUGGUUGAUACUUUGGAAAAAUACAGUGAUAGGGAGGACAUCACGAGCAUCAUGGUGAUGGUGAACGGGGAAGUCGCCAAAGACACCGCUGAAAUUGAGGGCGGACUUUACAAACAGAUCCCAAAGCCAGAGAUAACUCUGACCAAGAAAGUGUUCCUCAGGAAAUGAACGUAGCAAUAUACAUGUGUAUCUUCGAAUGCUGUGAUUUGCCGCCCUCGACUACACGGAGUACACUACGGUCGCAGUGGACCGGCCUCGACCUGCCGCCGAGAGACAAUCAGGAUGAUGAAAUGGACCGCAUGGGAGUCGGACAUGGGGAGGGAAGGCCAAUGAGGAGUCAGACAAGGACCCUUCCUUGGACCAGAGUCUUUCGACUCUGCUUGGACAAAGGAUUCCGGCGCGUCUAUACUGUGGUCCAGAAUACUUAGUAAGGGUAACCAAUUUGGAGAACCGGUGUGAUAUGACCUUGUCCGACGUAUUCAGUUGUCUUUUUAGACUUGCGCCUUAAGCCGUCAUCAUUGAAUUAAAAUUCCUCACACAGACCCAGCGGUUCUUUUGUCGCCAUAACCGGGCAUAGAAUGGUGUUAUCAAUCUGAUAACAAAUAUCAAAAACACAAAGAAAAUAUCGAAAAUUUAAUGCUAAAACACGCACUUUAUUCUGAGUAUUAGAAUGAGUAAACGAGAACGAUUAAGUAACAAUAAAACAAUAAAUACUCAAAAGACAAAAAUUGGCAUUUGCGUCACCAUGGAAACGUAAAAAUUGUUACGAUGCGCAAGUGUCACAGCACUAAAAAAGCGCGGGAGUUUUAUGAUGAAGUUACCCUUAACAUCUCUUAGAUGAACCUUAAGGCUGUCCCAUCUCAUAUUUUUUCUAUGAAGAGAAUAGCCAUUGGCACCGAGCCACUGCUUCAGACCACUUCAUUGCUGCACUGAUCUUGAAAAGUCGAGGGAACCUAUAGGUAGGAACUCGGGGUCGAACCAGUGGUCCACAGGAUACUGAUAGUAUAUCUGGUAAGGGAACUCGUCCGGUGUGACUUUGUGGUAGAAAUAUGCCUCGUACAAGCGAGAAUAGUGCCAUUGUAGUGGGAGAUAGUCGAGACAUCUAUGAGCGACUUCGUGUCACUUAAUCUGGCCCACAUGUCUCCUGCCUAUAGUCUCCCUAUAAGAUCACGCAGAGCAAGAGUGCUAGUCACAAGGUUUUAACAAAUGAUAGUUCACAGCAUA